AGCCCAAUGGGAUGCAUCUUGUCUUGUAAAGAAAAACCCAAAGCAAAGUUAAAUCAAAACAUAAACAUACCAACGCAAAUUCGGAGGACAGAUACAUUUCCACAAGAGAUGGCAGAGAUCAGAAUGCAGGCCAAACACGUGCAUUUUUCGAAUGAAGCAGUUCUGAUUCCAAAUGAACGUCAGGGAGAAUUGAAAAUUGUGGAAAUCCAGGAAGUUUGCACAUUUCGAAGAUGUUUAAAAUGAAGUAGAAACUAAUUAUUUAUGUUACCAAUUUUUAUGUGAUUACUGUAUGUAUUAAUAUAUAUUGAAAAUUAUUUUAUCAA